AUGAAGAACAUAUCAGUUCAAUCUUUCAAACUGGUACUACAGCAAUGCUUUGGUUCCAAGUCUAUACCAAAAAAGAUUGCCAUUGGAUUAUCAGGUGGACCAGACUCCAUGCUACUCGUGUGGCUAUUACUGAAAUACAAGUCAUAUAUGCAAGAUGAUACUGUAGAACUACAUGCAAUUACUAUAGAUCACAAUUACCGGCCUGAAUCGACAAUCGAGGCGGAGCAAAUAUCACAAGUAAUGCAACGAUGGAAUGUUAAACACACCAUUAAAAAAUUGAACUAUAACGUCGACCCCAAGACUAUCGCCAACUUCGAAGAAGUGGCUAGAACAAAGCGUUAUGAAGCCAUCAGGUCAAUAUGUAACACACUUGGCAUUUCGAUCGUGGUGUUGGGACAUCAUUGUGAUGAUCAGGUAGAAACAUUUGUUCAACGGCUUCAAGGAAACUCCUCAAUCUUCGGCUUAGCUUGCACGAGGCAAGUUUCUAAUAUCCCUUUAACAGAGGACCUUGACCCAUCACAGUUGUCGACUUUUUCCCCGGUAAGGUUGGUGAGACCUCUUUUAGCUUUUGAAAAGAAGACAAUAUUAUCUACUUGCAAGUUGAAUGGAAUUCCCUAUGUGGUUGAUCCAACAAACAAUGACACUAAACUAACGCGACGAAACUAUUUGAGAAAUUUAUUUGGAAGAUUGUUGCCCCAAAUGAUGGUUGAUUUUGGAUCUCAAGAAGGAAAAAGCUGCUCUGGCGUUGCGGAAGUAGCGUCAACAUGUUUUCCUUAUAAAUCAAUUACCAAGGACGAGCUAGCCAAGUCUCAACAAGAAUGUGCUCGCCUUGCGCAGCAGUUUGAGCUGAAAGCAUAUAGACUUUAUCGGCAGUUAUUACGACAACACAAAUUUUCAGAAUCACCUGAAUUCGGAUCACUACAGAUGAAGCUUCCCAAGAAAUGCUUAAUUGGAUACAACAAGAUCAUUACAAGCAAAUUCCUUUACCAGAGACUAUACCCCUACUCAACUUUGAACCACUACCACUGGGCAUAUGCAAAGCUCGAGAGGGGUCUUUUGCCAAAGUUGGAACUGUUUUUAUUAAGCUCAAGGUCAGCGGUAGUAAGGUAUUCCAUCAUGAAUUUGAUUUUUGAAGUGACAAAUAAUGACAGUGCUUCUGAGGUUGAAAUAAGUAUCACAAGAGCUCCACUAACUCGAACUGAGUUGAAAAUUAGUUCGUUCGAGGUAGCAAUAAACCAAUAUUGGUCCCAGUGGUAUCUUUAUGACAAGAGAUUCUGGUUACGUUUUAAGUCACUUGAAGAGACGGACAGUGUUAUCACCAUUGGCCCAUACUUACACAAGAUUCAUUCCUCAAUUGUCAGUAAAAGCCUAAAGGCGAAUAGUGUAGUUAACAUUGACAAAACACUCGACACAUUGCCAGCCAUAUUUCAAAAUGGCAGAAUUGUGGCUUUCCCAACAUUGCAUAUUGCCGACACUGCGAUUAAAACUGAGUGGGCUCUUAAAUCAAACAAAUAUGACUUUGUAGAUCUAACUAUAUCGUAA